GAACAAGUGACUUACUCGCUCCAGUAGGUCCGCGGUAUCGUCGGUAUCUCGUGCUAGUGUUAUUGCGUUAAAAAUAAUCGUAUUUCGAAAAAUUAAAAAAAAAUUCGUUGAUAAAUACAUUGUCGUGUUAUUGCGACGAUGUCGUUUCCGCUGCGUCUGUAACGCGAAAAUGACCGCCGUGUCUGCACCAGCACCGUUUUGACACACUAUGCGCAUCACAGUAAAGACGAUAUUAUUUUGGUCGCUCGCGGCUGCGGUAAGUACCCACAUACAGUCAAUAUCGUCGCGAUAAGUUGUUCGGUAUUUACAGUUCGAUAAAUCUCCGGUACCCUCGGGGAAAAAGGGCUCAAGUCAAUUGUGUACAGUUUUCAAAUACGAACGAAAAUUAAAUGCCGAAAAUAAACCACGGGGCACACUUAUGCCAUUUCAACGGAAAACAAUUACAUAAUACGAGAAGAAGAAAAAAACGCCGCGAAUUGACUCUAGCCCUUUUUCCCCGGACGCGAAGAAAUAUAAUGUUGGUAAUAGAUAAGGAGGGGUGUUUUUAUGCGCAACCUGUACGUAUUUUUGAGAAAAAUCUUGAAAUCCUCGCUCCGCAUUCAGUUAUAAAAAAUAUACGAGUGUUUGUACCUACUAAGUUACCGAAAGAAAUAUUACUAAAGCGCGUUUAGUGAAAACGACCGUGCAGUCAAACGAAAUCCGAAACUCUCGUAAUGGAGGGAAUACAUCAUUCGUCCGAGUUUUAAUGUUUUCAUUAUUUACUAUCGAUAUAGACACUAUACGUAUUAUAAUAUUAUUCGGUAUUUUAGUAAGUUAAUAUUUUCGAUGAUUUAUUUAAAAUAUAUGGGUAUACGUAUAGUUUUACUAGUAAGCAGUUAAUAAACAAAAAAAAAAAAAAAAAAAAUCCCUAGCUAAAUAAACAAACAACGAAAACACAAUGCGUAUACCCGGUUGUAUAAAUUUCGCGUACAAACGAUAAUCAUACAUCGUACGAAUCAACGCGACUUUGGAUUGGAAAUCGUUUAGGAUUUACUAUGGGAGUUUGUAUUAAAUUACGUGUACACGAUUUUUGCAUAAGUGAAUACAAGCGUUCGUAUUUGUCGACGAAAUGUUCAUAGCUAUUUGUGUAUACACUGUAAAUAUAAAUAUUAUUAUCGUGUGUUUUUAUAUUUUAUUCUCCGGUCGAUUGGUUUUGCAGCUCGUGAAAGUGAAAUAAACACAGAUUUUUUUCGUUAUUCCCGAUCGAUACUGUCGGUAUUAUGUUACGGAAUACCUAUAUUAUACCUGCAAUACCUACCGCUGUUGUUGCUGCCACAAUAGAAAUAAAACGAAAAGCAGAUGAAAAAAAAAAAAAAAAUCCGUCUGCUUCAUCAUCAGACAGUGAAAACUAUGUUGACAUUGUCGUGUCCGAGACCGAUAUAUUAUGACGUAUUGACACAUGUCCGACUGGGUUAUAGUUUUUAUCGCAAUAUAUAUCAGAUAUUAUUAUUAAAAAAAUAACAAUAGUCACGUUGAUCAAAAAAAAAAAAAAUUAAACGUUCGAGGUUUUUUUGUUUUUUCAUUAUAUGGGCAUCUAAUUAAUACUCCGUGACAAAUAUUAUUUUAUUUACUCCAUAUUGAUGUUAAAUUUUUAACAAAUGUAAAAACUCAUCAGUCGUUCGCAAAACAUUUGUAUUUCGUUUACAUUAACGGUCUCCAAAUCGGUGCACCGAGGUUCGUAUAAAAAACAAAAAAAAAAAAUCCAAUAGUUACAAUUUUUAUUGUAAUAAUAUUUAUUUUGCCGAUACACGUUUUGUUGCCUUGUAAUAUUUAGUUAAAUUUUUUUUUUUAUUAUAAAAUGUUUAGGACAAUAUUAUUUAAAUUAGUUAUCAACGGGCACUAGGGUUCGUAGCGAAGGAUCUAUUGGUUUUAUUAUAAGUUUUUUUAUUUAUUUUGUUUUUCUGUUUGUAAACAACUUUCCGAAAAGAAAACUUGCUCCGAUUGGAAAGGACCUUUUUUGUAGCAUUUUUAAUCUGGUUGGUAAAUAAGAAAAUCUUUUUUUUAUUUUCCGUGUAAUUUUCUUAAUAACUGAUAAAAACUGAACAAACGAGUACAAAAAAGGAAAUACGGAAAAUAAUUAUAAUAAUUAGUAAUUACGGAAAUAAUUGUUUCAUUAUUUUUAAUUUUGUUUUUUCUUGUAAUUCAGUUAAAAAUAUUCGUAAAGACUUGAAAUUUUGAAAACUCAUAUCUGCCUUUUUUAGCCGGGGUAACAUUUUUAAACUAUUCUGGUAAUGUUUUUGAGCUAUUUAUGGGCAUUUUAUGUUGCACAUUUUUCUUUGUAGUUUUUAUUUGGUAGGUACUAUGUGGAUAUAAUUGUUUGACCAACAUAAAUUAUUGAGAAUUUCCUAUUAAACUCUUAUAAGUUGCAGUAUUUAGUGGUAAAAAAAAAAGUAGUGGAUAAUGAAGUAAUUUUUUAUAUAGGUUUUAUGAUUUAACUUUGAUGAUAAUCGUAAUUAUUACAGCCUUAUCUAUAUCUAUAAACGAACCGUUUUUCGUUAAUAAUGGUUUGUCCUCGCUUACAGAUAUAAAAUUAAUAACUUAAUGUAUCAUAUCAUCCUAACUUUUCACCUACAACAGUGGCGCACCAGGAGCAUCAGCUAUUUGUAUUCAUAUUUCCUCAUGGUAUUCAUAGUAGUAUUUUGCGGUGAAAUUUGAUCCGACAAAUGACACCGUUCUUUCAAAUAUCUAGGAACCGCUGGUUAAAAUCAAAAUGUGGUCACUAUUCAGGAUUUAUAGUAAGAGUUUAAGACGAUCGAUAUGUUUACGGUCUACCUACCUAAAUACUGUAAACCUAUCGUAUAAGCUACCGUUACCGGAUCAGCAAGUCGAUCCGAUUUCUCGAUCCGGAUUGAUACAAACCAAAUCCGAUGUAUUUGUCCGGCGUAAACACACUAAUUGUUUGGCAACGCACUGUAUAAUGAAUCGCGUUUUUUAAUCUUCUAUAAUAUUAUUAUGUCCAAGCGAAGUGACCGAUUAAAUAAUGUGUAUAGUGUCAUGCAGUGACGAUGUGUUUAUUCGAUUUUGAUCGGUUUGGGUUUUAUUAGGUUUCCGGAUUUUUUUUUUAGAUUUUGAGUAUAACAGUAUGACAAAGAAGCUAUUAGUUGUAAAAAGAUGUGUGUUGUAUUUUAUUUUCUAGGAAAACACUUUCCUUUUGUAAAAAUGUUCCGAUUUUUCACGUUAUUUGUACUUUAUUUGAAACAUAUUAAUACAGCCCAUUACGUCAGUAUAAUUUAAUGUACAAACUUUGAAACUAAACGAAAUUCGUGUCACAUUCAUUUUUGUUAUGCCAUUUAGUUGAGAUAUGUAUUUACACAAAAAUAAUAAUGUAGGUGCGUUUUAAAAUAUUUUAAAUUUAUCGACUAAUUAAAUUUAUAAUAUAAUGUCCGAGAACUUUUAUAAUUCUGGUCUUCUGGAAUGCUUCACGGGCAUACAUAAUAUGUAUAGCGAAGUUGUAGACAAGUUUAGGAAAAUAUUGUAUAGUUUAUUAUUAUUUUUAAUCGUAUGGAUUCAAUUCAUUUAAUUCAAUGGCUCCAAUUCGUAUUUCAUAUUCAAGAUUAAUAAAGAUUUUGUAGUUAACUACAUACACUUUUUUUUUUAAAAUACGCACACACUUAUGCAAUUUAGAUCAAAAAAUAAAUGGGAAAAAAUUAAAUUAUACAAAAUAACAAAAAAAAUUGCCUUAAGCUCUUUUUUUCAUGGGCCAAAGACUUAAUCGAAUCAAAUAAGUUACCUUGUUAUAUUAAUAGUAGUCGUAGUUACGUAUUAUUUUUAACACUAUUAUCACUAUUGUUGAUUUAAAAUAGGUAGGAAAGGGUGAGUUAUAUUGAAAAUAUCAUCAAAUGUUAUUAUUGAAAUUGCCAGGACGGUGAAUUGUAUUUUGUUCAAAAUCCAUUAAAAUAUGCAUGCGAUAUUUUAUACAUUAAAACUGGACGAAACAUGCAAUUAAAUAUGAUCUUAAAAUCUUUAAAAUUGUAUGUAAAAAUGUGCACGAAAAAACUCAAAAGAACGUUAUAACUUAUUUUUAACCAUCACGUAAAUAUUAUUGGUACAAACGACUUCAGCAUAGAAAAUCAACUUACUAUAGUUAAAUAAUCGACUAAAAAUAAUUUUUCUUCACACGGAAGCGCGCCCAAGAACAGAAUUAUAUUAUUGUAAUAAUAUUCUCAUCGAAACAAUAAAAGUCGAAUACACUAUAGUUUAAACGAGCAAUAUUCAAUGCUAAUUUCGGCUGGACUGACCAGAAUAUUAAGAAAAGAAUAAACCAUUAACACGAUGAAUUCACGAAAUCGUGAAUUUUGUACACCCUAACCCGUUAAUUAUGCAAAAUAAGAUAUUCUGUAUUUAAUAUAUAAACAACGAAAAACGUAUUUUGACCGAAUCCGUUUUUAUAAUACGACAGGUAAAUAGAAAAAAAAAAAAUCGUAAAAUACAUCAAAUUCACAGCACAGGUCAUUGUAAAACGCACAUAGCAGUUUGUUUUCGUUCCGAAUUCGUUCACGAUACAUUUAUAACAUGUGAUAUGUGACUAGUGAUUCAUAGAUAAUAAUAAACUGUACGUUUUAGUAAAUGUCUUUUCCUAAGAUUACCUACAUAAUCCUUUUUUUUUUUUUUUAUAGCAUACGAUUAUACCCUAUUAUAGUAAUUUUUUAUGGAAACAUCAAGUUAUUAAAAUUUACGUUCUAAAGAGUAAAUAUUUUAACAAAUAAAUUGAUGUAUAAUUAUUAAGAAAAAAAAAGAAAAGAAAAAGGAAGAAAUGUAUAGUUUGUAUACAACUCAAACAGUAUUAGUGUUGUUAUAAUAUUAUGCAGUUUCGUUUAUAUAUUUUGAGAGUGUAGGCGAUUUAGCGACAAAUGAAUUUCAAAUGGUAAAUAAUUAUUUUAUCGAUUUCCUUGUUUUACUGACUCGUGGUAACCGAUUUGUUAUUUUAGGCAAGGCGGAACCAAUUUAUUGUCAAAAAUAUCAAUAAAAACAAAUGGUCGCAUUUGAAAAACAGCAUUGAAAUUUGACUUUUACUAUUGGAUUAUUAUUUUUUCGUGUUAUUUUAUAGUUUUUCUCGAAUUUUAGGUCAUCGAUUUAUUAUGAUAAAAAUGUCUAAAAACCAACUCUUUCAAAAUAUCUUCCAUAUUUAAUUUUAUAAAUUAUUCCUAAAAUAUUAAGUCAAACAAAACUUUUUGACCAAUUUUACUUUUGAUAGUAUUUACUGAGAGAUAAAUAACCAUGCGUGAUUGUAAGACGUGUAGAUUUUUCGUCGUUUAGCUAAACUGUAGACCGAAAAAAAAUCCUAGCUGGUUUUACGAGUUAGAUAUAUCAAAAAAUCUUUACAGUUAUAAUUCGAUUCACUUGCGUAUAUUAUACAUAUGUAUUAUGGUAUUAUUGUACGUACCUGUUGCUACGAAUAAUUUUGUAAAAAUAAAAAAGCUAAAAAGAAGAGAUACUCUAGCUAAUUCUUUUAACACUGAUCGGAUUAACAAUAUUAGAAGCUCAUGAACCUUUGAUUAUACGCGUACCGAAUAAGUUUCUAACAAAAAUGAUUGCUUCAAAAAAAUGAAACGGGUCACCAAAACCAUAAUAAUAUUCGAACCAUAUAUUCACCUAACUUAUAAGAACGCAUAAUGUCAUUGUCGUAUACUUCUAUUCCAGUCGUACAUUAUGCUCGGCCUAAUAAGCGUGGCACCAAUAUUUUGGCGCCCAUUCCUCUAAUACAAUGCACCGUCGUGAAUCACAUUUUUUACCCGCUCACACAAGACAGUUUCAAAUCUAUUUUUUUCUACCGUUUUAUGUACGCAUAGGUAUAACGAAUACUGCAAUUAAAUCGGAAGUCGUAUAAUUAUAGACACCUAAUAUUAGAUUAUUUUGUAGUUCUUUGGUCGCAGUUCAAAAGGGCAGGUUAUCGGUAGACGAUAAAGGGUACUGAUAUACACACUUUAGAAUAAAUCAUUUUAAGUUUUUAACCAUUUAAAAGUACGUUAGGCCCGAAAUAUAGGAUAUUUAAGGAUCGAAAUUAAACAAGAAUUGAAAUGUUUAUUGAUAACAAAUAAAAACUAACGAUUUUAUAUAGAUUUAGGUGUAUAUAUUGUAUUGUAAUUGUUUACAGGCAUUUACGGCCGUCGUCGUCUGCGACGACUUGGAAGACUUCCCGCUAGACGGUGAAUCGGCGGCGGUGAAUAAUGACGAAGAUUCAUCGCCAGACACCACGACGGGGGCGGAAGGCGAUGUGCCCUCCUUUUCAGCGAAUUUUGAUAUGGACGAAGAGCAGCCGGAAGAGUCCCCGUGAGUAAUAAAACUUACUUAUGCCGAAAGUUCAAUUAUCCAUCGUUAGAACCGAAUUCCAAUAAUUCGAACAGUAUUCGAGUAUUUUUUAAGAAUGUUUUCUGUGUCUUAAUGGACACACGGUUAAGUACAUUUGACAUCCAGUAAAGUAACAUUUUUCUUACUCUUAUCCACUAAAAAAUAAAUGGAAAAUGAUAGGAAUAAGAGGGAGAGUGGACAUUUAAUAUAUAUAUUCACAAAAAAAUGUCACCAUUGUAAAAAAAUUGCAAAUUAUCAGUUUGGCAAUUAGACGGUAAACAAAUCUGGAUAUUAAAUAUUAAUAAUAAUAUGCUAUUUUGAUAUGAAACGAUAACAGUUAAAAUAAUGGUUUUUUUCACUAUCUAUACUUAAAAUCGCGAUUAUUGGUCACGACUUGUAAUCGUAUAUGCGAAUGAAAGCUUGAAGUUUAUUUUUUCCGUUCCGGAUUUGGACACUAUAAAUUGAUCUCUUAAAAAGUAAUAAGUGUUAAAAUGCACGAAUCGCGUGGGGCCGCCAAAAUGCUUCUGCAAAUAAUUACCUUUACCUAACAUCGUUCAUGAUGACCGGCUUUCUCUUGCCCUCAGCCCCCCCUCCCUCCAGAACCUAUUUCAGUGGAGUCAGCGCGAGCUGAUUUACGUGAUUUUUAGCACGAUCAAAUGCCACGCCCGCGAUCUCUUGAACCUUUCUCGACUGUACACACAAACUCGCGUGACAAGAGGGAAAAAAAAAACACAGACAAACAUAAUUAAUACAGGUAUUCGCCCAUAUUGGAAAAACACCGUGGCAUAUAAAACGUAGGACGUAGGUGUGUAGUAUACGCGUAUUUAAAACGGUUUUGAAUAGAUAAUAAUCAGUCGACGGCUAACGGAAACAAUGAGGGAACCGUAGUGUGAAAGUCACGGGUUUUUAUUUCGAUCAUUAUUAGCCCAAAUAUACUCCAUAAUAUACAGCGAUGGGUACAGUUAUUCGAAAAUGAUAAGCAUAAAUAAUGAUAACGAUAAAUAAUUACGGCUCGUAAACGUAAUUUCUAUACUUAUAUAUGAAUACUAAAUACUACUAGAUACAUAUUUUAAAUGUGAAAUUCCUUCGUCCGGGUCGUUCGGAAGCGCGGCAAGUGAACGGAGGAAAUUAUUCGAAAAUAAACCCCGAUUUCAUCACGUCGGAUAGGCUUUUAUUUCGUGUGCAGUAUGUUAAUAGACGAUCGAGUAGCUUUACCGAAAAGGUUUUUUAUCAUUUUCGAAUAACUGUACCACACCGUGACAUACACAGUGCGUACUCCGUGCAUAUAUGCGUACCACUAAAUAACCCGGCUUGACGAUUAUAUAUUAAAAUGCCUUUACCCGCGUCUCUCUAAUAUUAAUAUUUACUGCGCACGCACAACCCUCGUGCCGCUGCUGCAUACCUAUUACUUAUCGCGUACAGGUACCGCCGAUACAUAAUAUCGUAUAUUUAUUUUAUAAAAAAUAAAAACUCGUCGGUCUCCGCGUGUUCUGCAGGAAUAUGGCCGACCGGAAAUCCGAUACCAUGCAAAAACUGGUGCAAUCGGCGAUGCGGAAGCCCGGCAUGAAGGAGCGGCUGGCCCAAGUGGUGCCGAUCAUCAAGGCCAUGAGCCCGGCACAGCGGCUCGCGUUGGCCGGCAUGGUGAUGGGCAAGGGCCAAUCGCAGAACCUUAACAACAAGAUACUCAACUCUCAGCUGCUGUUGCCAAUUAGCCAAGACAUAGCGACCAUGUUGAGAAACGGCGGCGGGGGCGGCACCGGUGAUUCGUCGGCCAGGGCGUCGUCGUCCGGUUACGGGGUCAGUAUCCUACUUGCGCAUUACUAUUACUAUUACGAUUAUUAUUAUCGCGUUCGAAAACGUCGUUAUCGACAUAGAUAAUAUUACAUACACGGAUAGAACAUACCAUGUAUUCAACUGUGAUCGAACAGUAAACUAGUUUACCAAAGUGGUUACACAUAAUAUUAAGGCGUGUUACCGACCAUAGGUGCUAUGACAAUGGAAAAUGUUGAGAAUAAUAAUAUUAUUUAUUAUUUGCGUUAACUUACGUGUAAACAAGUUCGACGAUUUACAUUUUAUUUGCCUGAAAUAAAUAUUAUUGAAAUUAAUCACAAAUCAGAUUAAAUUGAUAAAAUUGUUAUAAAUAAUAAAACAGUAUAUUCUGUAACAGCACAUUAAAACCAUUAUGAUAACUAGUAGACUCUUCGCUCACAGUAUAAAUACGCCGCCGCGUGCAAUAGAUAUAAAGAUGUUCUAUUCGUAUAUAUAUUAUUUUUGGUUAUCAAUGUGCGAGACUUCACAAAAAACCGACGCACCGCCCACCGAACAUAACCAAACCUAACCGUUCCGGUCUUGUCUGUUGGCGAACCGCGUGUGUCUAAAUGACACGGCCGAUUCCAAAUGUAUAUUAUAAAUAUACAUACUGUAGUCGGUUCUGUUGGAUAAUUCGAAAUUCAAUAAGUUAGACAUUUCCAUAUAUAUGUAUUUAUUUAUUCAAAUAGUAAUUUAAUAGAUUUAAAAAAAUUCAAAUUUGAAUUGGAUUAUUAUUAUGACAGGAAGCGAUUCGAUUCCAACAAAGAUAUUUAUUAAUUGCAGGAAAUGUAAAACAAAAGUUUAACCUUAAAUAAAAAAAAAAAAUAAAAAUAUGUUAUCUUCCUUCGAUCGAAAAACUUCGGACUGUAGACGAUCAUUUUUUUUUCAUUGCUUCCCAACGAGUUCCGAUAUAAUGGCGUGCGUAGGUGCAGGGGAGAUAAAACGGGUUGUAUUUAGUCAUGUAUGCUUGAAAUUAUAAGUUUCCAAGUUUCAUGGAGAAGAACUUGAAUUAUUGAAUACAAAUUGGUUUUGUGGACGCGGGUUUUAAAGGUCAGGUGAAGUAUAACAUAAGCCGAUUUUAUUAUUUGGUUGUUAUUCACUACACCUCCUCCCGGCUUUUAUAGACAAUUUCUGUGCGCGCCACUGCCGAAACAUAUUAGUUUUUACGAAUCGGGGUUAGGUUAAGGCGUUACGAGCGUUUUGUAAAUUCGUCUUCCGGAGUUUUUCGAAUUAUUGUGAGCCUAUAAGUAUACAUUAUAUGUACGUAACCUAACCGACGUAUAGUCUGACGUGCGCCUAAAUAGCUGCAAAUCCCAAAACCUGGAAAGUGGGUCUUUUGUCAUUUCGGCACACAUAUAAAUACGGAAACUGUGCGAAAUUUAUUUAAUUUAUAUUGUUGCGUGUCGUAUAUUAUGAUAUACUUAAUGUGUAUUUUAGUGACACGAACUUCUCACGUUCGGACGGGAAUCAAACGUUCCAAAAUCACACGCUAUACGUACCGUGGCCGUUAUUUCCGUGUAUAAUGAUGGAUUUUUUUUUAAUAAUUGUCAUAUUUUUUAAUUUUUAAAAUUAUUUUUUGCUCGCAGUCGUACCAUUUGUCCGUUCCUCCUAACCGUCUCCGAUUGCCGAACACGUUGAUCCGUCGGUUCCCGCAACGGAUUCCCGAACCACCGAGUACGUACAACCGGUUUUAUUUUAUUUAUUAUAUCGACUGUCUAAAGUAAUAUAGUGUUACUGAAUGGUAUACCUAUACGACCGUCUCAAGGUCGUUGACCCAAAUAACACGUUUGCAUUAAAAGAUGAAAAAAAAAAAAAAUAACAUGUUAAGAAUCUUUAUUAUUAACACCGAAAAACAGGUAUGAAGAGGCCCUACUUGCCGCUGCACCAGCCGCCGACCGCGUUCAGACAGCCGCCGCCCGGCAAGGUACCGGAAUUGCCGCCCACCGCCGAAAGUCCGCUAGACGAUUGCGACCUGUUCGGCGAUAACAUUUGUCUGAACGUUCAGUCGUAUCCCGAGUCAGUAUAGAUUAUAAUAUUAUUAUUAAUAUCAUAACCGUAUUAUACCGGUGGUGGUUCAAAAAUCGCCGUAUUUUAAUAUGGCGCGUGUGCGUGUGUGUGCGCGUACACCGCGGGAGGUUCGGGUCAUACCUACGCGUGCGUACACGUCCAUGUACGUACAUAAUAUGGACGUACGUAGGCAACGACUUUACAAUAAUAUACAACGGUCCCCCGAGGUCAACGUAUGUGAACACGAUAUUAUUAUAGCGGUCUUGGACGGUCGUGGAUUUUUAUGGGACCGGUCUGCGGGUCCGGCCGCGCCUCGCCCGGGGUUCGCGUUAUGUUAUUACGCUAUACCUACCUACGGUUAUCGUUCAAAAGACUUCUAUUUUUAACUCGGCCGUAUUUGGACGACGUUCGUUUAGAAAAAAAAAAAAUAACACGACCUAGAUUAAUACUAUUUGAUCGAUGAUGGUUUUGAUAUCUUUAUUUCCUGCGUCCGUCGGCGUACAGUGGACAUACGAUCCGUAUAUCCGGUGUAACGCUCGUAAAACUAUUGUUUUGGGCCGUCGAUAGUAUCAGACUCUUAAGAGGACGGCACACACGCAUUUGUCGUUUUCGUCUUACAAACGCACUAUAUAAUUAAAACGCGUUUACUACGCAGAUUACACCGAACUCGCUUAGGAUCUAUCAUUUUCCCCGAGUAUAAUAGUCAAUUUAUAAAUAACGAAUUUUCCAACGUGUUUUUUAAUCUGUUAAAACUUUCAAAAAAUAACUUAAAAAAACAACGCAUCGUUUUGCCCUCUGUAAUAUUGUUCUCUAUUAAUUUCACAAUAGUUGUUUUACUCUAAAACCAAAACUAAGCGAGUUCUGUGUACUCUGCGUAAGCAUGUUUUUACUAUAUCUUGUGUUUGUAAGACGGAAACAACAAAUGCAUGUGUAUCGUCUUCUUAAUACUACUAGUAUCGGCGGCUUGUAGACAGUACAAGCCGUGCACAUGCACAGAGCCCCGCGUAUAGUCGUUAUCAUAGCUAGAUAGUAAUUUCACAUGAUUGUUUAGGAAAAUACAAAUUAAAAUGAAUGAACUAAAAAUAACUGUCUUAAACAAAUUUGUCUAUGUUUGGUGUUAGAAGACGAAAAUCCAAAAAAUCCAAUAAAAAACUUAAUGAUCUCCCGCAAAAAUAGAUUGCACAUAACCUCGAUUUUUUCCAAGUCCUGAUUACAAGUAUAAAUGCGAAAGUUUGUUCGGAUGGAUACCGUGUCUUUUCGUGCAGAUUACCGAACGCAACGAGCUGAAACUUUAAAUUAGGUGUAAUUUAUUUAAGACCAGAAAUAAUAUAUAAGCCUCUUUUCCCUCCCCCCCAUAUUCAGUCCUUAAAAGGAAAAUGUCCUAAUACUGAAAUGCUCGGAAAAAAUAUAUGGCCUAAUACGAAAAUGGUCAUGGAAAAAAUUAGACAUUUAAAAAUAUAUAUAUUAAAAUUACAUUUAUUCACUCAGCCAUUUUGGCACGUGGCUAUUUCUGAUUUGAUAUCAGAUAUAAAUGACCAUUCUACUGGUCACAUAAUUUAUCCCUUCAUAUUUUGCUACUCGAAUUCUCGUUUAGUCUCAGUGUCACGGUGAGUUGAUAGUUAUUAUUAUGUCUGUCGAUUUGAAAAAGUUCUAAGGUAAUUUUCCAGUAUUCAUUCGCAUAUUUUUUCUCCCGAAAUUCAAUUCCUGAAUGAGUAUCAUACAUGAUUUCUACCCUUAUAAUAUGAGAAUCACAUUUUAGUUUCGGAACGUAGCGAUAAAUGUAUUGGUUUUACAAUGAUGUUUAUUAUUAUUAUUACUUUACUUUUUAAAUUUUUGUAUUCUGUGAGCAACUCCUCUACUAAAAAUCUAAUCUUAUGUAUUAAGUGUAACACCUAUUCUGAAAGAAAAUUGUUUGAUUUUCCAAACGGUUUUCAUAAUAGUUAGGAAAUAAACCUGGGAAAAUUUACGUACAUAUAUAAAAGAAAUUUCGCUCCGAAUCGUUUUUUGUUAGCAAUGGUUUAUCGUUGCGUACAGGUAUAAAUUAAAUUUCCCUAUUUGUCUUACCUUUAUAACUCCUUAACUACAACAGUGGCCCACUCAUCGUGCGAAGUAUGGCCAUUUUUUUUCUUAUUUAUUUCUGGUUACACGGUUGUUUCAUAACAAUUGCAUCAUCAUAAAUUAUAUUUAAAUUAAUGCGAAGUUUAAGUGAUUAACAUUGGUCAUUAAUUUUCAAACAAAUUAGUAACUCUAUGUUUAAUCAUUUUCACUGUGAAAAUAAAAAUUAUUAUCCUUUUAACUUAAUGCAGUUAAUUUAUUAAACAAUUAACUUUUAAUGAGUGAACUCGUUUAUUUUUUAAAUUCACUUAGUUUAACGAAAAUAAUAUUACUCAUUAAAAUAUAUAAUUGAUCAUUGCAGUCUUGAAAUUAUCGAAAGCAUUGAAGAUACAGCCAACAGUAAAACCGCAUUCCAAGCAUUGAUUAAGGAUCCCAAGUACAACAUUACUGAUUCGUUUGAUGCAAAUCUAUCCGAAAGGUAAACGUAAUUAAAUUAAUAAAACUUAAUAAAUUAAUCACUAUCAUUAAUAAUUAUACACGGGUACCUAAUAAUAUAAUUGUAUUUGUGCUGUAGACGAAGUGACGGUAUCCACGAGGACGCAAUUUGUCAAUCCAAAGUAACGACGGCUAGGCCGAAAAAAGCUCGUUCUACAAAUGGCCAAUGGAAAUACGUGGUAAACACUGAAGAUUACGUCCAAACUCUGCGGCUUGAAAAAUGCUUGUAAGUUAAUUUUACAUAAAACAAUCGCUCAUGCGAUACUAUAUCUAUAAUACAUUGAGUAUUAUUUUAGGAAGCCGGAAACGAGGUGCUCUCACGUAUCUACGAAAUUCAAAUCGACGUGUCAUCAGGUGUAUAACUACCAUAGGCUGCUCACUUGGGAUCAAUUCUCUGGAUUGACGAUGGAUAUAUUUAAGGUACUCGUUUACUGUAUAAAUCGAUGUAUUUUGUUCGUAUAGUUACUAGGUUAAUCGGUACUUUCGACGGUAUAGCUUCUGAAAUAAUAUACCUACACUACUGCAGGAUGCAGACGUAUAAGAAGUUUAUCCAUCAAAACUCGAAAUGAUUACCUGAAUACUAACAAAAUAAUACGCUUGUCGGGCGAGGUUUACAUGCACAUUUCCGAUACCUAAUAUUCGACUCGGUUCACAGGUGCCCACGUGUUGUUCUUGCCAUCUCCAAGAAUUGAAUCCGUUAACCACGGACAACUUCGAAGCGCACAAUUCUGUAGCGGACGAUCAACAUACACAAUCGACGAAUACUAAUCAAAAAAAAGUAGCGCCUCAUAAACCGCGAAUACAACCGCCGUCCACUAUCGCUCCUCAGUAUAACAUAGCGCACGACACGAUUUCCGAUAAAUAUCCGCCGGUAACUAGGAGGCCAUACAAGAAAAACCGGACUAAGUAAUUAUUAUUAAUAUUAUAUCGUAUUAUAAUAUUUUGUUUGAGUUAUUUUUUUAGUUAAUUUAUAUUAAUGUGUAUAGAAAACAAAAUAUAGCCUAACACUGGGAAAUAUAUCAUUAUCCCGCGAUCGUUCGUGAUUAUUUUAGAAUUCUCCUCAUUUUGACGUUUACAAUUGACUAUUCAUAGCAUAAAAACAAUACACAGAAGUCGAGUAACGCAGGUAUAUUUGUUCAAAUAUUGAAUUAGUUUCAUAAUCAGUAUCCAUAUAAUUUGUAUGGAUAUUAAAACCUUAAGUCCAUCAUCAUACAAUGAAUUCAUAGAUAACAAUCAGAAUAAUUAAUAGGUAUAUAAUACUAACUUAAGUUGAGAACUGUGUGAGAAGCUCAGCGUGGGAGUUUUCCUGUUAUAGAUUUAUUUUUUGCGACUUUAUUUACUUAACUUAUGUGGCACAGAUAUUUUGUUGGCAACAAACAAUUGAUACUUACUUAUAUUACUAAAAAUAUAUUUAAAUGAUAUUGAUUAAUAUUCACAAUUAUUAUUAAUGCAGUUUCAAAAAUUUAAGAUUGGAAUAGGCGCUACAUAGUUAUUGUCCCUGUUAUGCAUUAAAAAUGUGAAAUAUUUAUCUACGUAUAUUUGUAGUGAUUAAAUGUUGUUAAAUAGUCUAAUAAGUAACAUUAUUUUUUUUUUUUAUUCAAUAUACUAUGAAUUAUAUAUAUUUUUGAUUGUUUUUUUUUUCAUGUUUAGAUAUACGAUAAUAUAUUUAACAACAAACAUAAGUUAAUAACAUAAUAUGAUUGUUUUUUUAAAAUAAUUGUACAUUCUUAGUAAGGGAUACACUACUCACACCAAUCAUGCCAUUAAAUGUGUAGGUGUCGAAUCUACACUAUAAUGUAAAAUGUAUUCUUUUUGCUAAAACAAAAAUAUUACUCCAACCGAAGUAUUGUGUAUGGGUAAAACAACAGCUGUAGUCUAUUUGGCGCUAGUUCCUACGAAUACGUCAAUUCCCAAAUUGCCCCCGUAUUCAACAACACAAAUUCCUUUUUAUUUCAUGGAUAUUUUGGACUGUCUCAUAAGAGUCGAGGUUAAAAAUUUGUCGGUCUUUUUAAAUUUUAUAUGAAAAUAAAUAUCGAUAGUUUAAAGCUUGAUUAAAAAAUAAUAAAAUUUACCUAUAUCGUUAUUAACAAGAAUAUUAUAUACAUGUUACAGUUACUAUUUACAAUUAAUUAUUAUUUAUAUAUAUUUAAUUAUUAAGUUUAAAUGAUAGAAUUUGUCAGUAAAACUUCAAAUAUAAUUUUAAAAAUAAUCAUAAAUGUAUUUGUUCUCGUUAAAACAUUUCGAUGUUGGAGUUUAACAGUAGGAAACUGAAUAGUCGGUUUUUCGAUUUUGUAACGUCAUAGUUUUACCAACUUGGUGGUACAACUAUGCUAUUGAUGUCGAAUAUGUAAGCCAUUUAGAAAUUAAAGUAUUAUCAGGAACGUGAUUUGGGUGCCAAUAUACAAAGGACAGGAACCGUUUGAGCUGCACUAAAAUUAACAAGUUUUAAAUAAAUAUUGAAGUACUUAUAUCCAGUGAACGAGUUCCUUUAUCGGGCCAUAGAUAAUAGGCAAUAAUAUAUGAGUUAAUAUUAAAUUAUGAAAAGAAAUGAAAAACAAAGAAUCAAGCCCAAGCAAUUACAGUUUGGUUUUUUAUUUAUCAGAUUACACACCGUACUAAUAUAUUUACUCGUAUAAUAUAUAAAUGUAUAUAAUCCAUGUACCUAUGUUAUUAUGCAUGUGUGCAUGCAUGCAUACAUGCAUGUGUGUAUGUUUGUGUGUAUGUAUAUAAAAUUAAAAAAAAAAAAAGGUUUACUACUUGGCACUUGCGUUCAAAUUAAAUUGCAUUACAGUUUAAAAUAAUGAAUAUAUGUAUUUUAAAUUUCACUUAUAGUAUAAAAUAGUAUAAAAUUCUAUAAAUUUGUUCAUAAAUUAUUUAUGAUUAGUGGAUUUAGAUUGAUAACACAUUGCGAGUUAAAUUUUAUCAGAAUAGGUAUUACACAAUGUAUUGUUAAGUUUUUACAUUAUUUUCUGGUCUUUUAAACGAAUUUCCAGAUUACAUUUAUACUGUUUUCUAGAUUUUGAAACACUCGUUAGAUAUGUAGGUACGUAAAAAACUGUUCGAGGGAAUGUUUUAAAUAAGAUUUAUAUUGUGAAUAACUUUGAAAUACACAAAAUAUACCUACCUGGUAUCUAUAUAUUAUUAUAUUAAAUUUUACCGAUGAUUAAGCUUUACAUAUGUAUUUCUGAUAUUUUUAUUGAAAUUGUUGUUUUCGAAAUUUCACUAGAAAUCUACCAAUAAUAAAAUUAACAAAAUCGACAGUGUGAUAAUAACGUACCUAUAAAAUUGUAUAUUUAAGAUUCUGAGCGCAACGAGAUAUUUGGAAUACCUUCUCCGAUGUUCAAGUGUAGAAUCUUUUCAGAAAGAAAAUUUUAUCUAGUUGGUGCAUUGUUGAGGUCAUUUUUUUAAUUUUAUCUGUAAUUUUCUUAAUAACUAGAAGAAAACAUUGGAAAAAGGUAACAAUUUUCGAAAUAAUAGUUUGAUUUUCUUAUCGUAAUUUAGUUGAAAACAAUUAUAGAGACUAGACAUUUUGACAGAAUGCAUUCGCUUUUUCUAGACGUGGUAAAAUGUUCAAAACAUUCUGGCGAGUUUUGAGCUAUUUAUAGACAAUUUACAUUUUUUAAUCUUCUAGUUUUUAUUAGGUUUUAUACGGUUACAAUUAUUCGCACAUUUUAUACGAGGUUUAUCAUAAUUUUUAAUUAGACUUAGUAGUAAAAAAAAAAAAGUGGUCGAAUUUACUUAAAAUACAUGUGAAAAAUAAUUGCAUUAAUUUUUUUUCACAUGUAUUUUAAGUUAGAACUUUGACGAAAAUUGUAAAAAUAACGACAUUUAAAAACAUAUUUAACCAAACUUGCCGUAGAAUCGCGUGUCGUUAGCAUUUGUUAGCAGUUUCCAAUACGGCUGUGCAGUAGUGUUUUCAUUUAAUAAAUACACUUGAUGUUAUAACAAUAUAGUGACUAGCUUAUUUAUACUAUUUGAGGAAAACUUAUAGUAAGUCGAUAAGUCAUCGUGUUUUCUAUAUUUUAAUAUAGAGGGUGUAACUGGACUAUUAGACACGUUUACAUAGUUUAUUUUGAACAUAACAGUGUACAUAAUGAAUGUUAGUUUACGCUAUAAAUAAUUCGGUCUAUUAUUGCGGUAAUUUAAAAGCCUUUUGUCCACAUAAAGCCAAAAAAUAUACGUGUAAAAUACGACGAAAAUGUUGCAAUAAACCGAAUACAGUUUAUUAUUUUCUCGAAUAUUUGUGUAUAGUUAUGUGAUACUAAAAUGUAAUCUAAAUUUUAUGAAGUAUUUUUUUUUUUUUAUUUAUUACGACCAAUGACGUAGUAGUUGUAAACAUACCGAAUUCCGAACCUUAAACAUUUCACAGUAUUUUCCUUCAUUUUUUAAUAUAGACUCAAAAAAGUUUGAAUAUAAAACACAUAACUAUCCAUAAGGUUCUCGUGUUAUUCAAAUUAUAAAACAACCUCCUCACAUACUUCUUCGUGUAUAAAAAAUAAAAUACUUGGUGUUUCUGAAAUUGAAUUUUUAUUGACGUGCGUGAAAAUAUUAUCUAAUAGCUACCGACAUAAUAUAAUAUUCGCAAUAUUGCUAUUUUCUCUCUCCUUGGUUUUAUACGAAUCAAUAUAUAUGUAUAAAUAUAUUAAGUAUAAUAAAAACAUCGCGUAACAUACCUCACAUUGUUUUUUGAUUCUGAGCGAAGCAGAGAAUUUAUUGGUUUUACUAUGAUCUGUGUUUUCCAGUAGUCUUACUCCAAUCGAAAACUUAAUAAAAAAUUUCUUGUAGCGUUUUUGAUCUAGUUGGUGAGUUAAAGAGGUCAAUUUUUUAAUUUCAUUGUAGUUUUCAUAAUUAAAUUGUGAAAAUUGGCAAUUUUGUUAGUUUUUAUUUAUUUCUUGGUUACCUAUCUUGUUAUCUGUUUAAAAUCGUUUUUAUGAUUAAAAUAUGUUUGUAUGGCUUAUUGUUACGUACCAUACUAUAAACUAAAGCCCAUCUCCCCAACAAGCCACCUAAAUAAUAGUGAUUCAUCCAAAUGAGCAGUUACUUUUUAUAAAAUUUAUCUGCAGUUAUGAAACUCAAAAACUUUUCUCCUAAAAUCAUGGCACACCAAACACUAGUAUCAGCCCUUUUUUUAAAAAAUAUAUUAAUAUUUUUAAUCAGGUUUAAAAUGUAUACUCAAAAUACUAACUAUCGAGACAUAUUAAUAUUAAAAAUAACAGUUUUUUUUAUUUAUAAUCAUAAAGCAGUUUUAAGUAUCAUCUUAUUGUCUAUGUGACGUAUAACAUCAUAUUAAACGUUAAAAUUAAUAUCUUACUGUUAUUUCCGCUUCAGGGCAACGACUCAAAAAAUUCCGAUUGAACCGUCGGAAUCGUAUCAGACCACAAGGACCAAUUACAAUUACCAUCCGAUUAUGGAAUAUUUCGUGUCACCGCAAACCCCUUCGGCUCCCGAGGUCCGUCGGCAGGACGUUAUGCAGCGAAAAGCCGAUCUGAUGGCUCCGUAUAACGUCGAUUUCCAAACGCCCAGCGGUGGUUGGACUCCUAUGACAGAAGAGUUCGGCCCCAGGAACUUGUGAAUUGAUAUCUAUUCCCAGUGGUUAAAGUGGGAGAAAUUUUGAGGUGGGACUAUAUUUAUCAAAAGUUGAGAAGCGUUAUCCCGAGUAAAACUAACUUAAUCCAACCAAAAUUUAAGAAACCCGUCACGUAAACAAGACAUUCGAAAUGUUUGUCUCCCACAUACAUUAAGUUUGUUCAUAAAACUGUAUUCCCCCCCCCCAAAUAAUAAAUGGGUAAUUUAUACCCAGUGCAUAUGCCUGUUCGGUAAAAAAAAAGUAAAACAAAGUCUGAUUAUGUAUAUAUGCCACUAUAAGUAUUCAAGAAUUGUUAAUAAAAUGAAUUCGGGUUUGUCAAAUUUCAUUAAAAGUACACAUGACUACACUAGUAAUAAUAAUUAAAGCGUACCUUCUCUACCUCUCUCCCACCCCGGACUUUGAAGACUUCAAUUGACGAGAACGGAUAAUUUUUCUUAAUUAAUUUCCCAACCAUUUAAAUAAGUCCUCCCCACUUUAACCGCUGCCUAUACCUAUAUGUUUAAUAUAUUAGGUUAUCAAUGAUAUUAUAGUUUUUCCCCCUUACACACCUCGUGUAUUAUAAUAUUUUUUUUAUUAUAUUAUUCGCGU